UGUCAUGUGAGUUCCAAAUCGGCACGAACCAGCUCACAGGUUUUCCGUCGAUUCCGUGGUGCGGGAUGCACUUUUAGCCCCUAGAGAGCAUGGCUUCCGCUGCCACGGCCCGACCCCCACCAACAUGGGUGCGCGAAAGUAACCUUUACUGGUACCACCGCUGGAUCAUACGGGUGCUACGGGCAGGCCCUAUUCCGGCACACGUCGCCUUCAUCAUGGACGGUAAUCGACGGUAUGCGAAGAAAGCUAACAUUGCCAAAGCGGAAGGCCACUCGGCCGGGUUCGAAAAGCUGUCGGAAACUCUGCAGUGGUGCCAGGAGGUCGGCAUUGCGGAGGUCACCGUUUACGCGUUUAGCAUAGAGAAUUUCAAACGCACGAAGGACGAGGUCGACGCGUUGAUGGACCUCGCACGGGUAAAGUUCCAACGCUUGUUGGAUGAGCGCGAUAAGCUGCACGAGCGAGGAAUCUGCAUCCGGAUCAUCGGCAACUGGGAUCUGCUUGCACCGGACAUACAGCAAAGUAUCGCCGAAGCCGUACUACUGACUCGACAUAACCGCAAGGCAACGCUGAAUGUGGCGUUCGCUUACACGUCCCGCGACGAGAUCACACAUUCCAUACGGACCGUGGCGCAGGGCGUUGGCGACGGCAAGCUCGAACCGGAAGACGUCAGCGAGGAGCUGCUGACGCGCUGCCUCUACACAAAGUAUUCAGCCGAGCCGGACCUGCUGGUACGGACUUCGGGCGAGGUGCGGCUGAGCGACUUUCUGCUCUGGCAAUCGGCCUCGACCGUAAUGUACUUCACCGACACGCUCUGGCCGGAGUUUACCAUCUGGCACCUGUUCGGGGCCGUGUUCUACUACCAACGGUUUCGCUGGCGGAUGCUGCCUGUGCGAAAAGCGCUCGAUCGCUUCAGCAAUGGCUCACCGUAUUUUGGCGAAUCGGAGGCGGACGAUUCCGGCUGCUGUCCGCACCGGAAGGAACGGAUAGGACGCUUUCUGGAGUAUAUCGAGCAGCAGGAGGUAAACCAGCUGGUGCGGCUGGCACGGGGGGCGGGUAUCAAAUAGUGAACAAUCGAUAUUAGGAAGCAUACACAAAGACACCUUGAUCACCGGUUGGCCGGUGGGCGAGAACACAUUCACUGCCUUCCAGUGUUUCAGGGAGGGUACGAUUGUGAAAUAAUAUUGAAACGAAUGGCCACGAGGGCAAAAAAGGUAAGUCAGAUUAGUGUCCUUUGUUUUUUUUUUAAUCUAUACUACACGUAAUAGAAAAUGUUAAAUAAAUGGAAAAGCUAGUUUAGUUGAAACCCCUGGCUGUUUCGGAAUUAAUUUGAACCUAUCGGUGACAUGGCGAUGACGAUGAAAGCUUAUGCAAACUAAACAAAUUGAUUUUAAUUACCUAAAAGCACUGGCUAGGGUACUAUUCAUAAGGGAAUUAAGUUGCAUAAGCUUGCCACUAACAAAUCUUCCGCGAGGUAAAGAAAAGUAAUGCUACCCACCAAAAAUAAGAACUGGCGUUAACAUCGUUCAUCUGGAAUAUGCUACACAUUUCAUUAACAUUAGCAACGUUGAAACAUACCAGUGCAUUGAAACACUUUAAGUAUACGGUAUACGUUUACUUAUUUUCGGAAUGUGGAACUGCAAAUAAAAAGAAAGUUGAA